AAACAUGUUAGCAGCACACUAAUGCAUGCUAGAAUUGUGUUAAAACAUGCUAGCGACGUGCUAAUUCAUAAUAGCAAUAAGCUAAAGCAUGCUAGGAUAAUGCUAACAAUGUGUUAAAAAAUAAUAGCAAUGUGUUAAAAGAUGCUAGUAAAGUGUUAUAACAUGUUAUACAACUUGUUAUAACAUACAAUCAACAUGUUAAGUCAUGUGCUAAAACAUGUUAGCAGCACACUAAUGCAUGUUAGAAUUGUGUUAAAAACAUGCUAGCAACAUGUUAAAUCAUACUAUCAAUGUGCUAAAGCAUGCUAGGAUCAUGCUACAUGAACAUGAUAGUAACUUUUUUUUUUUCAGAAAACCUUUAUAUUUCAGGCUUUCACAGUUAUUUUAUUUCAGAUCUGCCAACAUCAGAGUUUGUCAUCAAACUUUACUCAUCUCGUUCUGCAUGUUCUUUAUUGAGUGAGGCUUUAUACGUCUCAUUGACCGGCUCGUGGAGGUUCUGGGGUGUGUCCAUGUCAUGGGCGAGUGUUGUGGGGGCUGUGAGCCCUGCACACAUGUGCUGUCACUCAAGCGCCUGCAGUCAGAGAGACGAGGAACGAGAGCUUCUAGUAGACUCCUGUGUCCCCGUCUCAGUGCAAACUUUGCUUCAGUCUUGUUGCAUCUCCAGUGUUUUAACAUUUGCAGCGGUUUAUUGGAUCAGAAGGCAGAUGAUGAAGGCAGUGGCGGUCCUGGUCGCACUGCUGACCGUUGUGUGUCAGGUCAGCAGCGGUCAGGUGAAGCAGAGCGAUCUGAACCCAGCUGUGCUGAACCCAUGGAGACACAGGAGAGCAGGUCCACAGGUCAGGGUGAAGAGAGACUGGGUCAUCCCACCAAUACGAGUCUCAGAAAACAGCAAGCAGCUCCCUGAAGAUCUGGUCCAGAUUAAAUCCGACAAGGUUUUCACCGGAGAGGUGAUAUACAAGCUGGAGGGACCCGGGGUUGACCAAGACCCCAAAGGCCUCUUUGAAAUUGAUGAUAAAACAGGAUGGAUCAAGAGCAAAAUGCCACUGGACAGGGAAAAACACAAGAGUUUUAAGCUCAAAGCCUUUGCACUCUCACCAAGUGGAGAGAGACUGGAAAGUCCCACCACCAUUGAGAUCUACGUUCUCGAUCAGAAUGACCACAGGCCUGAAUUUACCCAGAAGGAGUUCAUUGGAACAAUCCCAGAGUUCUCUGUUCCAGGAACUUCAGUGAUGCAGGUGACAGCGGUCGAUUCUGAUGAUCCACUGACAGAGAACGCCGCUCUCAGCUUCUCCAUCAUUGGGCAAGAGAGUAACCCUCCCAACAGCAUUAACAAGACCAUGUUUGGCAUUAACAACAAAACUGGAGUCAUCUACAUACGAGAUGUGGGGCUAGACAGAGAUGUGGUGCAGUCCUUCAGGCUGACUCUGCAGGUGGCUGACAUGUCUGGAAUGGGUCUAACCUCCACUGGUCGUGCCAUCAUUCACAUCUCUGACAUUAACAACCACGCUCCCAAAUUCCAGCCGACCGUGUACAACAUGUAUGCAAUGGAGAACCAGCUCCUCGCUGAGGUGGGCCGGGUCAACGCCUCGGAUAAGGACCAGAAGGGUGGAGAUAACUGGAGGAUCAAGUACACCAUCAAAAAGGGAAAUACUUUAGGACAGUUUGCCAUCCGCACAGACCCAGUCACCAACCAAGGCAUCAUUUCUGUGGUUAAGCCUCUAGACUAUGAAUCGCAGGCAGAGUACCAGCUCGUUGUAACAGCAGAGAAUGAAGUCAGCCUUAAAGCCCCGUACGAUCAAAUACACAGUGCUACAGUCACUGUCAGAGUGAUGAAUGAAAACGAGGCCCCGGUCUUCUAUAAAAACCCCAUUAAAGUCACUGUCGCUGAGUCUGUUGUUCCCGGUACUGUGCUGGUCUCAGAUAUUGCUCAUGAUCCAGAUAAUGCCAAGCUAAGGUUUGAAAUCAUUCAGGAUCCUGAGAGUUGGCUUGCUAUCAACCAUGCGAAUGGCCAGAUCACUGCCAGAAGAACCUUCAACAUCCGAUCUCCCCACGUCAGGAACAACAUUUACUCUGCCAUCGUGAAAGUCACAGAUCAGGAUGCAGAUAGCAUCUCUGCAACAGCGACUCUGGAGGUCCAUCUGUGGGAGACCAAUGAUUACCCACCAGUGCUGAUACCCUCGAGUGGGACCGUGUGCAGUGACCGGGACAGAGAUAAACUGGGCCUGCUGCUCAGUGCAGUGGACGAGGACAUGUCCCCUCAAGCUGACCCUUUCACUUUCAACAUCGCUGACCAAAACGUAGCUGCCAAUUGGACCAUCAUAACUCUUAAUGAGACCCAUGCAGUUCUCCAGCCGCUGAUAGACAUCGAGAGAGGCGAGUUCUCAAUCCCUGUGGUCGUGUCAGACUCGGGCUCACCGCCGCUUUCCUCUAACGCUCUGGUCAACGUGACCGUGUGUCCCUGUGACAGUUUCGGUGACUGCAAGAGCUUCAGCGCAGCCAUCUUUGGAGCCAAAAUGGGAAUAAGCUUCAUCGCCCUUAUGAUUAUUAUAGGAAGCGUUGCAUUUCUGUUGUUUCUUCUUCUUCUCACCGUGGCGGUGAAGGGCUGCACAAGGAAGAACAUUGGAAAAGGAGGAAGUCUGCUGGUCGGAGCGUCUGACGACGACAUCCGAGACAAUGUCUUUCACUACGAUGAGCAGGGAGGAGGAGAAGAGGAUGAAGAUGCGUUUAAUAUCGAUUUUCUGAGGAACCCCCGUGACGUGGUCCCUGCCCCGGCCUCAUUUUUCCCACAAGACUGUGGCCUGCCCAGAGGAAAACAACCUCUACGGAAAGACGCACCCCAUAACCUGCCUUCUCCUACAUAUCCACGCAAAACCCCCGGAGACCCAACCGACAUCGAAGAGUUCAUCAAUGUUGGUCUGGACGCUGCUGACAAUGACCCGAACGUCCCACCGUACGACACAGCGCUGAUCUAUGACUAUGAGGGAGACGGCUCGGUCGCAGGCAGCCUCAGCUCCAUCGCCUCCAUGGGCUCAGAUGGUGACCAGGACUAUGACUACCUCAACGACUGGGGGCCACGCUUUAAAAAACUGGCGAACAUGUACGACCCGCGUUAGAUGCCAGACUGACUCUUUCAUUCAAGAUGUCCGGAUACUCUCAUGCAUGCAUGUCCUUCAAAUCUUCAUGCAAACACAUCUUCUAUAUGAGAGAGUGCUCAUGAUGUAAGGGGAGGUUUACAUUAUUGAUUAUUAUAGAUAAAUGGACU